AUGAAGGGCUAUCAACUGCCCACACCAGUCUUGAUUCUACUUUUCCUGCUCCUUCCCAUAGAAGUUUCAGCUGCUCUUCCCAGGCAGUACCUGGUGCUGCUCCCAUCCCAGCUCUACACUGACGUCCCUGAGAUGGUCUGUGUCCUACUAAAUCACCUGAAUGAGACGGUGACUCUGAGCGUAACCCUGGAGUAUGAAAGGCUAAACAGGAGCCUCCUCACGGACGUUGUGGCAGAGGAGGGCUCCUUCUACUGCAGCUCCUUCACUAUCCCAGAGCACCCAUCCUCCCUGGCGUUCAUUACUGUGCCGGUGAAGGGACCAACUCAGGACUUUACGAAGAGGAAGUCAAUACAUAUAACAAAAGUAGAGAGCCUGGUGUUUGUCCAAACAGACAAACCCAUAUACAAAUCAGGACAAACAGUGAAAUUCCGCGUUGUCUCUGUGGAUAUCAGUUUUUGCCCUUUGAAUGAAAUGUUGAGUCUCAUAACAGGAGGGGAGUUCCCAGUGGUUUACAUUGAGAAUCCCAAGAAGAACCGAAUUUUCCAAUGGCUGAGUCUCAAACUGUAAGGUGGACUCAUCCAGCUCUCUUUCCCACUCUCAACGGAGCCCAGUCUGGGUCACUACAAGGUCAUACUGCUGAAGGAGUCCGGAAAAAGAAUAGAGCAUUCCUUUGAGGUGAAAAAAUAUGUUUUGUCCAAAUUUGAAGUUCAAGUGAAAAUGCCCAAGAAAAUCGGUUUUCUAGAUGAAGAAUUUACCUUAUCGGUCUGUGGCCUAUACACCUAUGGAAAGCCGGUCCCUGGACUUGUGACAAUUAAUGUGUGCAGAACAUACUCCCGGAGCCAUUCCACCUGCCAAGGCACACAUUCACAAAAAAUAUGUGAAGAAUUCAGUCAACAGGCAGACAAUGAAGGCUGUUUCACACAACUGGUAAAGACUAAAGUAUUUCAGCUGAGACAAAAAGGGAACGACAUGGCAAUACAAGUGGAAGCCAAAGUCAGAGAGGAGGGAACAGGGUUGGAAUUAACAGGCUAUGGAUCAUGUGAAAUUACCAAUACCUUAAGCAAACUUAAAUUUAUUAAAGUAGAUUCACAUUACAGACGUGGGCUUCCUUUCUUUGGGCAGGUUCUUCUAGUUGAUGAAAAGGAUCAGCCAAUCCCCAACAGAAGAAUACUUGUCUAUGUGGAUGCAGCUAGAUACCACUCCAGCUUUACCACUAAUGAGCAUGGUUUGGUGGAUAUUUCCAUUGAUACCACCAACUUCACAGCUUCUUUCAUUACAGUUAUAGUCACUUACAAACCAACUACUCCCUGUUAUGAUGACUGGUGGCUUGAAGAACUUCAUACAGAAGCACGGCACUCUUUAAGGAAUGUUUUCUCUCCGAGCAAGAGUUUUGUUCACCUUGAACCUGUAGCUGGUACUUUGACCUGUGGGCAAAACCAGGAAAUCAAGGCACGCUACAUCUUGAAUGAACACAUCCUGCAGGACCAAGAAGAGCUAAUCUUCUAUUAUUUGAUAAAAGCAAGAGGGGGCAUCUCCCAGUCAGGAAUGGAAGUGUUGUCCACUGGUCAAGGAAACAUGAAAGGAGUAUUUUCCUUCUCUUUUCGAGUGGAACCAGAUCUUGCUCCUGCUGCUCAGUUGAUUAUUUACACCAUUUUACCAAAUGGAGAAGUUGUUGCAGAUGCUGAGAAAGUCGAGAUUGAAAACUGUUUUGCCAACAAGGUAAAUUUGAACUUCGCCUCAGCCCGGGUCCAGCCAGCCUCAGACACCCACCUGCAGGUCCUGGCCAGUCCACUCGCUGUCUGUGCCCUCCAUGCCGUAGACCAGAGUGUGCUACUGAUGAAGCCUGAAGCUGAGCUCUCCCUUCAAUCGGUCUAUAAUUUACUAUCAGUAAAAGAAAAACAAAGCAUUAGUUAUAGCGGUCUUAUGAGUGAAGAUGAUGAAGAGUGCAUCAAUGCAGAAGUCAUAACUCACAAUGGAAUCCUGCCACCAAAGCAAAUCCCAGGUGAUGAUUAUGUUUACAGUAUCCUCAAGUCUCUAGGAUUAAAUAUUUUUACCAACACAAAAACCCAGAAGCCACAUUUCUGUCCGCUGCCUCAACCAUAUCCAGCAAUUCCUAUGGCCUUUGUAGGAGUAGCAGGUCCACGUGGUCCUGCAGGAGCACCUUAUUUCAGGAUGUGGAAAGAAGACUCUCAGACCAUGGAAGUGAAACAGAUAGUCUGGAAAUAUUUCCCUGAGACUUGGAUCUGGGACUUGGUGGUACUCAAUGGUUUAUCAGGUGGAAGCAAGCUGGCACCGAAGGUCCUCGACACCAUCACGGAGUGGAAGGCCAGCGCAGUCUGUCUGUCUGGGACGACAGGACUUGGCCUCUCCCCCGUCGCCUCUCUUCAGGUCUUCCAGCCCUUCUUCACCCUCCCCUACUCUGUGGUACGAGGAGAAGGCUUCACCUUCAAAAUCACCGUGUUCAACUAUCUGCCCCACUGCAUUCGGGUCAGUGUGCAGCUGGAGGUCUCUUCUGCCUUCCUGGCCAACCCCGUGGAGAAGAACGAAAAAUCUCACUGCAUCUGUGGAAAUGGACGUAAAACCGUGUCCUGGACUGUGAACCCGAAGUCACUGGGGAAGGUGAAUUCUCAGGAAUUGUGCGGCAACGAGGUUCCUAAAAUCCCAGCCUUUGGACAGAAGGAUACGGUGGUGAAGCCUUUGUUAGUUGAGCCUGAGGGAAUAGAAAAGGAUGAAACUUUCAACACACUGCUCUGUGCAUCAGAUGCUGGAGUGCCUGAAAAUUUUUCUCUAAAAGUUCCUUCAAAUGUGGUUGAAGAAUCUGCCAGGGCAACAUAUUCAGUUUUGGGUGAUAUACUAGGCUCUGCAAUGCAAAACCUCCAGAAUUUUCUCCAGAUGCCCUAUGGUUGUGGAGAGCAGAAUAUGAUCCUUUUUGUUCCUAAUAUCUAUGCACUGAACUAUGUGACUGAGACACAACAGCUGACAGAGAAGAUCAAGUCCAAAGCCAUCAGUUACCUCAUCAGUGGGUACCAAAGGCAGUUGAAUUACAAGCACCAUGAUGGUUCAUACAGCACCUUUGGAGAGCACGGUGGUAGAAGCCAGGGAAACACUUGGCUCACUGCAUUUGUGCUCAAGCCCUUUGCUCAAGCCCAGGUAUACAUCUUUGUGGAUAACUCACACACCAUGGAUGCCCUCACAUGGCUCACAAAACAAAAGGAAAAUGGUUGUUUCCAAAGCUCUGGAUCACUGCUGAACAAUGCUAUUAAGGGUGGGGUAGAUGAUGAGGUAACUGCCUACAUCACCACUGCUCUCCUGGAGAUGCCACUACCUGUCACCCACCCAGUUGUCCGCAAUGCUCUCUUCUGCCUGGAAACAUCCUGGAGACCUAUGUCAGAGGCCCAAGAGAGCCUCGUCUACACCAAGGCAUUAUUGGCCUAUGCCUUUGCCCUGUCAGGGAACCAGACCAAGUGAAGUGAGCUGCUGGGAUCACUAGAUAGAGAGGCUGUGAAAGAAUAGGACUCAAUUCACUGGCAAUGUCCUGGGAGAAUUCAAGAAGCUAAGGAACUCUCUUAUCAACCCCGGGCUCCUUCUGCUGAAGUGGAGAUGACAUCUUACGUGCUCCUUGCCCGUCUUACUGCUCAGCCUGCCCCAUGAUCAGAGGACCUAUCCGUGGCAUCCCGUAUUGUGAAAUGGAUCACUAAGCAACAAAAUCCCUAUGGGGGCUUCUCCUCCACUCAGAAUACAGUGGUAGCUCUACAAGCCCUCUCCAAAUAUGGAGCAGUGACUUUCACUAAAAGUGAGAAGGCAGCUAAAGUCAUAGUCAAGUCAUCAAAGAACUUCUCUGAAGAAUUCAAAGUAGACAAUGCCAGUCGCCUGUUGCUACAGGAGGUCCAGUUGCCAGAGAUUCCAGGGGAGUACAGCACUACAGUGUCAGGGACAGGAUAUGUGUACCUCCAGACAUCCCUGAGAUAUAACAUCCUGCCCAAGAAAGAAGGGAAAGCUCCCUUCACUCUCAAGGCUGACACCCUACCCAAGAAUUGUGAUGGAGUCGAUGCUCACAAGAAAUUCCAGAUUCACAUCAAUAUUAGUUAUACUGGGGAACAACCCAGAUCCAACAUGGUCAUUGUUGAUGUGAAGAUGGUAUCAGGCUUCAUACCUAUGAAACCAUCAGUGAAAAAGCUCCAAGAAAGGCCUCAGAUCCAAAGAACUGAAGUGAGCACCAACCAUGUUCUAAUUUACUUAGAAGAGGUAACUAACCAAACUGUGAGUUUCUUCUUCUCAGUGAUAAAAGAUAUUCAAGUAGAGAAUUUAAAACCAGCUACAGUAAGAGCUUAUGAUUAUUACGAGACAGAUGAAUUCACCAUUGAAGAGUACAGCGCCCCCUGCAGUUCUGAAUCUCAACAGGGAAAUGCUUAA